UUUAAAAAUGGAAGGAAGCUUUGUAGGUGAAAAAAACAUGGCGCUGCCCAUGUUAAAGCGUUUUCGGCUACCUCUUGGCAGCGUUUUUCACAUUUCUUCCCGCAGUUUCUUUACGGUACAUAUAAGAAGUGAACGCAUCGUGCAAAAACGUCACCGGCUAAAGAUACACCGUGAAUUAUCCCAGCAUUCAAAGAAAGGAAAGGAGAAAAUCCACAUAAACGUCGGUACUAUCGGUCAUGUAGACCACGGCAAAACAACUUUGACUUCUGCUAUCACUCGAGCAUUAUCCGAAGAGGGAUCAUCCCGAUUCAUCGAAUACGACCAGAUCGACCGUGCUCCCGAAGAAAGGCUACGGGGUAUCACCAUCAAUGCUACUCACAUCGAAUACAGCACUGCCACUCGGCAUUAUGCCCACACGGACUGUCCGGGUCACAGAGACUUCAUCAAAAACAUGAUAUGCGGCACAAGUCAGAUGGACGGCGCCAUCGUUGUUGUUGCAGCAGACGAUGGCUGCAUGCCACAAACGAGAGAACAUCUCCUCAUCUGCAAACAACUCGGAGUGGAAAAAAUUAUCGGAUUCGUAAACAAAGCCGAUUUAGGGGACCAAGACGUGUUAGAUUUAAUCCAGCUAGAAAUCAGAGAUUUACUAGAAGAUUUCAAGUUCGAGUGCACGAAAGAUGCACCCAUUAUUUACGGUUCCGCCCUGAAAGCCAUGGAGGGAGACACCUCGGAAUUUGGACUUCCUUCCAUACGGAAACUACUAGCCGAGAUGGAUUCUUAUUUCGUACCUCCAAAGCGUGACACAGAUGGUCCACUUAUGGCACCCCUAGAAGGGGCGCUGAACGUCAAAGGACGCGGAACAGUGUUGAUCGGAACUCUCUUCCGCGGCACGUUGAAGCGAGGGGAUCACGUCGAGAUAGUCGGAUUCGACCAAAAGAUUCCGACCGUGGUUACGGAGAUACAGAUGUUUGGAAAGACCAUCCCAGAAUGCAAAGCUGGAGACCACGUUGGAUUAUUGGUUCGAGGGAUUAAAACUAACAUCAUCGAACGUGGGAUGACAUUAAUAUCCCCAAACUCCGCAGCGACCAGCAACCGCUUCAGGGCGCAGCUCUACCUGUUAGCGAAAGGUGAAGGCGGGCGGUCGAGACCAAUAUCUCAAAAGUACAUCAUGCCCAUGUUUUCACGGACGUGGAACAUAGCAUGCCGGGUGGACGUGGCCAGCGACAGCAUGUUGAUGCCGGGAGACCACGCCGACGUCUUUCUCACGUUACCAAAGAAGAUGUUGAUGACAGUCGGACAGAGCUUCACAAUACGCGAGCACAAUCGAACGGUCGCAACGGGGCUGAUCAGUGAAGUGCUUCCGAGCAUUUUGGUGACUACCAGCCAAAUUGGAAUGGUGGCCGUUGGAAACUAGAUGGUAGUUUUUGUUGUGUGUCUACAGGUUUUCCCGGCGAUUUUAAUCUAAGUGCCAGCUAAAUUAAUCCAUGCCCCAUAAAGUUUGCGUGGCACGUGGAUUAAUUUCGAUGGCACUUGGAUUAAAAUCACCGGGAAAACCCGUAGUUCAGCUUUUAAGUCAUUGACUCAACGAGUUAGGAAGUUUGUGUUCAGAAUACUGUAGAAUUUUUUUUCACCUGCGCAUUCGUUUACUCGAGAUGUGGAAGUGAAACCGUAAGCAGGAACAUUAUCCUUGUUGUAGCAUUAGCCUGGUUGGCUCCACUCUGUCUUAUACGGACGUAAAACGUCUCGUGCCACAAUCGAGCAAUCACGCGCUAUCAGCCAAUGAUAUUAUUGUGAACGGGUGCUUCUAUGACACAAAGAACUAUUUUUCUCUCUCUUUUGCAACAGUGUGUAGUUGGGUGCGUUCAUUGUUAUCAGAAAUAUUGGAAACCAUACCAGCGCAAAAAUAUAAUUACAAAGAUGGAAUAGUACAUUAAAACACUGUAAAACUAAUUUUAAAAAAUGACAAAGCAUACAUUGGAAACAUGAAGAGUGACUAAAAUACGAUGUAAUGGGUGAAAAUACAGAUGUGAACACUUG